GUUGAUGUCGCCACCGUGCAGGUUCUUUGGCCACUACUCGCGCAGUUCUCAGUCUAUUGUGUCAGUUUCAGGUCGAGCGUGAAGAGCACGUCCUUCGCACGUGACGAAGGUUGAACUUCGGGAGGAUUUGUGCCCAAGUAAAUAUUUUCGACCUGCUAUCGGGCGGACGCCCCACCGCCCACAUGAUAAGCUUUCCCCGCCACCUUAAGAAGCGCGGCAUGAUAGGUGACAUCUUUACCUGCCCGUCUCCCCCUCCCUCGCCAGGCCCUCUCCCGCCCUCACCAUGCAGGAGAAGAAGGAGAACCAGGACUUCGUCGGCCAGCUCCCCGAGCUGGGACCGGUGUCCCCCAUGAACCGGUCAGACUCAUUCGACAAGAUCUCGGAGAAGCACGACAAGGAAGACGACGUCGAGGCGAUCGUGCAGGAGGCGGGCGAGGUGCACAUCGAGAAGGCCUCAGAUGUCGCUGUGCAAGUCAUCAGUGCGCGCGACGACCCCGAGCUGCCUGUCUUCACCUUCCGUGCGAUCUUCCUUGGCAUUGGGCUGAGCGCGUUCACCUCGGUGCUCGCGACGAUCUACACCUUCAAGCCGCAGAACGCGUCCGUCUCGCAGCUCUUCUGCCUGAUCAUCGCGUAUGUGCUUGGGACGGCCAUGCACAGCGUAAUGCCCUCGCGUGGUUUCUGGCGUUAUCUCAACCCCGGGCCCUUCUCCAUCAAGGAGCACACGAUCAUCGUCAUCAUGUCCUCGACGGCGUCUAAUGUCGCGCUCGGGAUGGAAAUUGUCGCGGCUUUGGACCUCUUCUACAACAUCAGACUGAACCCUGCAGUGGCGAUGUUCCAGAUCUUUGCCUCGCAAAUGAUCGGCUAUGGUGUUGCUGGGAUGUUGCGGACAUUCCUUGUGUACCCGACCUACGCAUUCUUCCCGACGUACAUCUCUGUCGUCAACUUGCUGCAGUCCCUCCAUUUCCACGGCUCUCUCAACCAGAAAAAGCGGAAGUUCUUCUGGCUCGCUUUCGCCGGUAUCUUCCUUUGGGAGUGGAUCCCACAGUACCCCUUCCCCCUCCUCACCGCCAUCUCCGUCAUCUGCUUGGCGGACAAUGGGCGGCACGCGUUCCUGCGCAACCUGUUCGGCGCUGGUUCCAGUAACGAGGGUCUCGGGCUGCUGUCCUUCGGUACAUCGUGGACUCUCAUCACUCAGGGCAACCCGCUCGUCUGGCCUUUGCGCACCCAGGUCAACUCCUACCUCGGCAUGGCUAUCUGCUACCUCGUCAUGACGCUCUGCUACUACAACAACGUCUUUAACGGGCGGAACCUCCCCUGGAUGUCUACCUCCCUCUUCGGCGACGACGGCGAGACGUACGACCAGUCCUCUAUCAUCACCGCGGACUACCACCUGAACAAGACCGCGCUCGAGGCGGUGGGCCUCCCGCGCUACACCACGACGUACGCGAUCUCGCAGCUGGCGUAUAACUUGUCGGUCGGCGCCAGUGUGACGACGAUCUUCCUUUGGUACUUCCCGGAGUUAAAGCAGGCGUUUGGCGGAUUCGCUUUCUUGAAGAAGGGGCAUGCGAAGCAUAUCAACGACCCGCAUUAUCAGGAGAUGCAGAAGUAUCCCGAGGUCCCGCAAUGGGUAUACGCCGCGCUUUGGGUCGUCUGCAUUGCGGUCUGCAUUGGCUGCAGCUACGGUGGUCCCGGGGGUGUCGUCCUGCAGCCCGCUUGGAGCAUCCUUGUCUUCUCCAUCCUCAGCGGGAUCAUCGCCAUCUUCUUGGGCUUCAUCAACGCGACGACGGGUAUGACUAUCCAGGUCAAGUUUGCGCUGCAGAUCUUGGCCGCGUUCAUCCACCCUGGCGAGCCUAUCUCUGUCAUGUACGCCAACCUGUACGGCAACAGCUCGGCCACACAGACGCUGUACAUGUUGCAAGACCUGAAGCUUGCGCAGUACACGAAGGUGCCGCCUCGCUUCACCUUCAUCGCGCAGAUGCUGGGCUCCAUCGUCGGUGCCGUGUUCAACUACACCAUGAUGAAGAGCAUCGUAUCCACCAACCGUGAAGUCCUCAGGGACCCCACGGGCACCCGUGUAUGGAGCGGCUGGAUCAUCCAGGGCCUCAACUCCGCGGCCAUUGCCAUGGGCGCGCUGGGUCAAGAGCUGUUCACCGUCGGCAAACCGUCAGGAUACUGGAUCAUUCCUUUCUCUACCAUCAUCGGCUUCUUCAUCCCUCUCCCCUUCUACCUCAUCUGGCGCUUCAGCCCGAACAAGAAGAGCUGGCUUGCCCGCGCGGCACGUUACAUUAACGUGCCCGUGCUCACGCUCUACAUAGGCUACCUGCCCUACUCCGUCAACGGCCAGUGGUGGUCCUGUCUCGUGAUCGGCUUCGUCUCGCAGUGGUACAUGCGCAAGCGGUACCCGGGGUGGUUCGUCAAGUAUAACUACCUCUUGUCUGCGGCGUUGGAUGGUGGGAGUCAGGUCAUCCUGUUCAUCCUCAGCUUCGCUGUGUUCGGCGCGAGUGGGAAGGAGGUGCCGUUCCCGUACUGGUGGGGUAACCCGGACCCGGCCAAGCUUUCUGUUGACCGCUGCAUGUCAACAUGAGAGUAGCUCUUGGCUACGGCCUCUCGUGCUUUACGAUAGUAGACCACGAUCUCCUUCACGAUGUACUUUUAGCUUGGGCUUCUGUAUGUGUGUAUGUAAGGCGAAUGACGUGCCUUCUUUUCUGGAUACAUACCUUCUGACGCAUAAGAAGGGCUUGUCUUGGG